AUGCAGAGGAUGCUGAAGAAGGUUGGCUUCCAGUACAAGAAACGCUGUCGAAAUGCAUUGCUCAUGGAAGCGACGCACAUUGUGGAGUGUCGCCGCCGGUACCUGCGCCAAAUAGCGGAGAUGCGACGCCAGUGUAGGCCAAUUUUCUUCACCGGCGAAACGUGGGUCAACGCCGGCCACACGCGUAGUCGGGUGUGGAUUGACGGCACCAUCCAGUCUGCGCAAGAAGCACGUCGAUCCGGACUGUCGACUGGUCUUCUAAACCCCAGUGGCAAAGGCGGCAGGCUUAUUGUUACACCUUGCGGCAGCGAACGUGGUUUCGUUGAAGGCGCAGCGGAAGUUUUCCGAGUUAGGAAAAGCUCAGGCGACUACCACGAGGAAAUGAACGGGGACCACUACGAAAAAUGGUUCUCCCAAAAGCUGCUCCCACAACUACCACCAGGCAGAGUUCUAGUGAAGGAUAGCGCGCCAUAUCAUUCUGUGAAGCAGGAGAAAGUUCCGCGCAUGAGUAGCCUCGAAAAGGACAUACAGGCUUGGCUGUCUGCAAAAGGUGUUGCGUGGAGCAGCGACAUGGUGAAGGCGGCGCUCAUGAAGCUUGUCGACAACGUGAACACAGCCGGGGACUGCAUCGCUGAAGCUGCUGGCCACGUCGUUGUGCACCUACCACCUUACCAUAGCCAACUGAAGAGCUUAUUUGGAGUGACGUCAAGGGCUUCGUGGCGAGUGCAAACAAGACGUUUAAGCUCCGAGACGUGGAGCCUCUGGUUUGGAAACGCAUCAUGCAAGUGA